UUUUAACAUUCUUCAAUUUAUUUUCUCUAUCUCUCCUUCUCUAAUGAAUCCACUAGACUCUAGAGACUCUCCAGUGUAUAGACUCUGCUGCUUCACACCAUAGACUCUAGAGAGAUAAACAUAACCAAAAAUCAUAAACUUAUAAUCUUCUUCUAAAUUCAUAACCAAAAACCCAUCUGCAGUACAAAAAAAAAAAUGGAGAACAAUGGUAUGAUUCAUGGAAAUCUUGAUCCUAGAGCCCAAGAAUUUAUACCAACAUAUCCAUUUAACAAUAAUUUUUUGCCUGUAUUUCCUAAUCAAUUUUACUACCCUUUUCCAUCUCCACCACCACCACCACCGUACGGUGAUGUUGCAUCAGUGCCGUUACUCCAGCCGGCGUAUGUUAGCGCUAACCCACCGGUGCCUACGCCUAUUUUACCACCACCAAGUUCAAUGUCUACAAGAACUUUAUUGUUAUGUAUGGUUCCGGUUGAUGUGAGUGAAUCUAUUAUCCGAAGGGAUUUAGAAGUAUUUGGGGAUGUAAGAGCUGUGCAAAUGGGAAGGGUAAGAGAAGGGAUUGUAACGGUUCAUUUCUAUGAUUUAAGGCACGCGCAGACGGCGUUAAUGGAGAUUCAACAGCAGCACAUGCAGCAACAGAUGCGUUUAAGGAGGCAUUAUUAUGAGUUUAUUGAAAAUCAAAAUUCUCUUCCUCCAGUUCCACCACCGGCGGCGCGUGGACUCAUUGCUGGUAGAGCUGUUUGGGCUCAGUUCACUUUUCCGGUCACUUCUGCUCUUGUUGAUGGGAAUAAUCAAGGCACACUUGUUAUUUUCAAUUUGGCAUCUCAAACUUCUACUGAUUCUCUUAUUCAUAUAUUUCAAGCUUUUGGACAUGUGAAGGAAUUGAGAGAGACACCAAUGAAGAAGCAUCAAAGAUUUGUGGAGUUUUAUGAUGUUAGAGAUGCAUCAAGGGCGUUGAUAGAGAUGAAUGGGUAUGAUUUAAAUGGGCAGCAAUUGCUGAUUGAAUUCAGCAGGCCAGGUGGAAAUAACAGCAGACGCUUCUCAAAAGGUUUUCAAUAUUCUUCACCUACCAAAUUCAACAAUAACUUAUACUCUUCACCAAGAAUAGCGCCGGUAUACAACACUUCACAUUCCCAAAAUCAGAAAUCAAAUUAUGUUAAAGGAAACCCUAGUGGAUGUAGCGGAAGUGAGUGUUCAGGCACCGGUGGUUCAGUUCAAGAAUCAUUAGCUUCUUUGUGUAUAUCAAAUAGGAGUAAUAAUAAUGUUAGGGCUGGGAAGAAUAAGAAUGCCAAAAAAAGUAACACUAACAUUAGUGCAAGUAGUAGCAGUGUGACAAGUUGUUCUCCGAAACGUCCACAAAAAAUGUUGCAACAAGCAAAUAGCAGUAGGCCAUGGAAGAUGAGCUGGUCAUCAAAGCAGGCAAAAGAUUAUGACCCUCGUUUUCUAAUUAAAGAAGAUGCCAUUAUGGAAUCAAAUUGCAGAGAUUCCAGAACUACUGUCAUGAUCAAAAACAUACCAAACAAGUACAGUCAGAAGUUGCUGCUGAACAUGCUGGACAACCACUGCAUUCACUGUAACGAGCAGAUUGCCGACGCCGAUGAUCAGCCAAAAUCCUCUUAUGAUUUCAUUUAUCUUCCCAUCGAUUUCAUUAACAAGUGCAACGUGGGAUAUGGAUUUGUGAACAUGACUUCACCGCAAGCAACGUUGAGACUGUACAAGGCUUUUCAUCUUCAAAAUUGGGAAGUUUUCAACUCCAGAAAAAUAUGCCAAGUUACUUAUGCUAGAUUACAGGGAAUUGAAGCAUUGAAAGAGCAUUUCAAAAACUCAAAAUUCCCAUGUGAAGCUGAAGAAUACAUGCCAGUGAUUUUCGCACCAGCUCGUGAUGGGAAAUUAUUAACAGAGCCUAAUCCUAUUGUUGGACGUGGCAUGAUAAUUAACUCUUCAAGUAGUAAUGAUGAUGAUGAUGAUGAUGAAGAAACGGCAGCAGGAAGAAACGACGGCAGUAGUAGUAAUGGUGGUGAAAAUUACGAUGUGGGUAAUCAUGAUUCUGUCUACAUGUUGGCGUCUUCUGGUAAUUAAAAGAUCAAAACCCUUGUGGUGGAAGAAAAGAUUUGGAGCAGUGAUGGUUGUGUGUUGUUUAAUGUGAAAGAGGAUAAAUGGAGCCCUUCCCUUUCCUUCCCCAUGGGCUGAAUUCUGAUUGAGAUGAUGAAUGAAAAGAGAGAAGAAAACAGCCAGCUUGCUACCACCCAAUGGGUUUGCGUGUAAAUCUCUUUCAACUCACUCUAUCUCGGGGGAAGAGCCCGCCCUUACCUUCCUUUAACUCAUACUCAAAUACCUGUGUAUUUCUAGCUUAGCUUUUUUUUACUUAUUUCCUUUUUAUCGCUAGCUAUAAAAACUAGUUCAAAUUUCAAUCUUUUCUUAUGCUUUGUUAA